CCGAGUUGGCGGCACUUGACUACAACCGUCAGGUGUGUUCGCCCUCAACAAUUUCAACAAUCCGACCGUUGGAUUCCACGUGCAGGGAAACGGUGGAGCAAGUCAUUUCACUCAGUCGGGAAUGUAAGGUGGAAUAUUCGUGAGUGGACAAGUACUACUGGGAGUGAGUUCCAGAGUUACAGGAGUGUUGUCAAUUUGCGAUUGUGUCGAGCACGGCAGGUAUUGAUUAGCUUGGGGCCUCAGGUGAGCUCAUGUGUCAUGCAUGCGGUAUGACAACAAACACAUUGCUACCUCCAGCUGCCUUAAGAGAUUCUACCUGCACAUCUUGUGCUCAUCUCUCUUCCAUUUGGAAAGACGCAAUUUGUGUUUUGUUGUUUCGGAUUCGUGUGUGUGUGUGUGCGUCAGUUUAUCGACUGCCUGACUCACUAAGGCUGCCAUGGUCAGGAUAUUCAAGCCAUGAUUGUUCACUGACUAAAUCAGCCGGUUGGUGGCGCCUGAACUGCCGGUUACACGGUUGGUGGCGACUGAAUCUGCCGGUUACACGGUUGGAGGCGACUGAAUCUGCCGGUUACACGGUUGGAGGCGACUGAAUCUGCCGGUUUGACGGUUGGAGGCGACUGAAUCUGCCGGUUACACGGUUGGAGGCGACUGAAUCUGCCGGUUUGACGGUUGGAGGCGACUGAAUCUGCCGGUUUGACGGUUGGUGGCGACUGAAUCUGCCGGUUUGACGGUUGGUGGCUGUAGGAUGAGGUGAGGCACAUAACCAUGGGACUCAUCGCAUGCCGGACUAGAACAUUCUGGAACUUUUUGCGCCUGCUUCUAGCACUGCAGCUUUGGCUAACUCUGUGCAGUGCGGCCCCAGGACGGUCGAUGGACGGCCCCUGGACGGGACGAACCAUGGCGUCUACUGAAAGCGAGGAGUCCAUCGCACGGCCAGAUGUUCUAGCCAAACUCAUCAAAGUUUUCGGUUUCUCCCGCAUCCCCAAACACUUGUCUCACCUGACUCCACCCCAGUACAUGCAGGACUUAUACUCGGCCUUGACCGACACGGGUGGACUGACACGCUCCAGUGGACCAUACAAUUCCAACGUCAUCAGGAGCUUCCCCGAUAGAGAUCCCAUACAUCGGCAACAUUUCCAAUACAACAUAUCCUACCUCGAGGAGGGAGAGACCAUCAAACAAGCAGAAUUUCGAAUUUUUAAGAUGAAGACAGGGCUGACCUACGACCAAAGGAUUCCUCAUCAUUUAGUGAUCAAAGUCUACCAAAUAUGUGACCACGUCACUGCAGAGAAACUGGAUUUACUCGAUGCACACAGAGUCAGCACGCAUGCGCAUGGCUGGUAUGUGUUUAACGUCACAAAGGCCGUUCUCAGGUGGCACUUGGGGACCCACACCAAUCUAGGUCUGCUGGUGACCACUGAGGCGUCACCAGGUGUCACCAUCAACAGCAGCGCUAUAAGGUUUGCCCAGCGCAAUGAACACCACGAGAGCAAACAACCCAUCCUUGUUGUUUACAACGAUGACGGUCAGCGAAAACAUUCAACAUUUAUCUCACCGUCUGAUGAAGAGUAUGUCCAAAUAAAGGAAGACGCAUUGAGCCGACAGAUGCACACAAACGACAGCUUCAAGAACAGCGUGCGCAAACUAAACGAGCGCAACAGGAAUGUUCACCGCUCUAACAGCAGUGCCAGAAGUCGAAGAAGCACCAAACACCGAGAUGCUGCCCGGAAGAAAAGAACUUUUACGCCGCAGCACUUCCGGCCGAACCGUCGCUCGUGUUCACGGUACGAGAUGUUCGUGGACUUUGAGGAGAUCGGCUGGUCGGGCUGGAUCAUCUCGCCCAACAGCUACAACGCUUAUCACUGUGCGGGCGAGUGCCCGUUUCCUCUGGGACAGAACCAGAAACCAACCAACCACGCAACCGUUCAGAGCAUCGUUCACGCUCUGGGCGUGGUGAAAGAUGUGGGCACGCCGUGUUGCGUCCCCAACAAACUCUACUCCAUCAGCCUGCUCUACUUCGAUGACAACGAGAACGUCAUCUUGAAACAGUACGACGACAUGGUGGUUGCAAGUUGCGGAUGUCACUGACAUUUGUUGAUACCACUGACAUUUGUGGAUACCACCGACAUUUGUGGAUACCAUUGACAUUUGUGGAUACCACUAACAUAUGUGGAUAUUUGCGGAUACCACUGACAUUUGUGGAAGCAUUUUUCAUGUUCGGUUAUUAUUGAACAUAGCUGUGUCUGUCACCUUAUCCGCAUCUCUAAAUGUGACAUUAAAUAUCACUCUGUCACACCUAAUGGAAGAAAAGAACAAUCUGUCACACUAAAUGUUGGCAUUUUACUAACGAAGCGAAGGGGGUAGUGGGUUAGCUGUAGGCAGCUUUUCUUUAAAUCCUAUGUCAUAAGUGUGAUUACACCUUCCUAUGUCAUAAGUGUGAUUACACUUGCCUAGGUUAUAAGUGUGAUUACACCUUCCUAUGUCAUAAGUGUGAUUACACUUGCCUAGGUUAUAAGUGUGAUUACACCUUCUUAUGUCAUAAGUGUGAUUACACUUGCCUAGGUUAUAAGUGUGAUUACACCUCCCUAUGUCAUAAGUGUGAUUACACCUGCCUAUGUCAUAAGUGUGAUUAUACCUGCCUAGGUUAUAAGUGUGAUUACACCUUCCUAGAUUAAUUAGUUUCACCUAUUCAAUGUGAUUAAAUGUGUCCAAAUUUUUUGAUUUCCUACAUCUUUAAUGUAAUUAACGCAUCUGCCUACUCAAAAACUCACAAGGUUUUGUAUCGUUGAAAACCUUCAUCUGCUUUAGAAUUUUUAUUCACAACCAACAUUAGAUUUAAAGUAAAUAAUAUUCAUAAGCAAAAUUAGACUAGGAUUUACACUUAAUAUUACUAGUUCAUCUAACUAUCAUUUAUGCAUAUAAAGAUGUGCACAGUUUAGCUUUGAAUAAAACCUGUCAACAUUAGUUAGCCCAUAAUCAACAUUAGUUAGCCCAUAAUCAACAUUAGUUAGCCCAUAAUCAACAUUAGUUAGACCAUAAUCAACACUAGUUAGCCCAUAAUCAACAUUCGCAUGAAAAUAAGUCUCCAGCUAAACUACUCCAAUCGUUAUCUGCAGAGCUAGGUCAAGAUGUAAUACCUCCCAUUUUAUCGAUGCCGAUUGAAUCAAGUUAGCUGUAUGUACGUUGUAUAUUGAUUUGUAUUUGAAAUGCUUUAAAUAAUAAUGGUAAAACAUAAAGACUUAGAAAAAUAA